GGAGGUAGGGGUGCGGAGUACGCACAUACCCCAACAAGCCUCUGAGCUUCCAAUAAAAACUUUCGCGCGACGUACGGAAGCUUCGUUCUCUCCAUGCUCUUUUUGUUCUUCUGCUAAAUCUCUCUCUCUCUAGGACUUCAAUUUCUCAGGAACUAUUCCAAGAUGCCUCGCACCUCAUCCAGGAAAGGCUCCACUAAUUCAGCGUCGUCCAACAAUUCAUCGGCGGUGGAUCUAUUUCGCUCAGCUACAGGUAAAGCUGCAAGCAAAGAGUUGGAACGAAUUGAUCAACUAUUUUAUUCGUACGUGAAUAAUUCGUUUGGUAUGAUUGACCCUGAAGGAAUUGAGGCUUUUUGUUCAGAUUUGGAAGUGGAUCAUACUAAUGUACAAAUACUGAUGCUUGCUUGGAAAAUGCAAGCUGAAAAGCAAGGAUACUUUACCAUUGAGGAGUGGCGAAGAGGCCUUAAAGCACUUCGGGCUGAUACAAUAAUCAAAUUAAAGAAGGCACUUCCAGAGCUUGAGAAGGAGGUUAGGAGGCCAUCAAAUUUUCUGGAUUUCUAUUCCUAUGCCUUUCGAUAUUGUCUAACAGAGGAGAAGCAGAAGAGCAUCGACAUAGAGAGCAUCUGCCAGUUGCUGGACCUUGUUUUAGGGUCCCAAUUUCAUUCCCAGGUUGACUUAUUUGUACAGUACAUAAGGACACAGGUUGAUUACAAAGUCAUAAACAUGGAUCAGUGGAUGGGAUUCUAUCGGUUUUGCAAUGAGAUAAGCUUCCCGGAUUUUAGCAAUUAUGAUCCUGAACUUGCUUGGCCCUUGAUCCUGGACAAUUUUGUUGAAUGGAUGAGAGCAAAGAGGAGUUAAACGUAGUAACGUUUGCUACACUUGGAUUCCUGCCUUAUAAGUUAAUCUAUAUGCAAGACUCUGUUGAAACAACACAUCAAAACUCUCUGGCAUCAUCUGGCUUUGCUUUUUUUGUUAUUUAUUUUUUCUUGUUCAUUUUGGUACUGAAAAUGCUGUUCUUAUUUUUACUUCUGUAGAAGAAGGGGAAAUUACAAAGUUCAAAGGGUGGUUGUUCUUUCCAAUACUUUAAUCUGUUGCUGGAGCCCCAUCACUCCUUCUACUUCUAUGUGACAGUGACACUUAUUUCAAUUCAUUUACUUGCCAUUGAUAAUGCUUCUCUCAUUACUAUUUUCGUUUGGCCCCCAUUGUCACUCCAAGGAAUAUUUACGAAAUAUUAUAAUGGUGGUCGAAUGAUGCUACUUUUAAUU